UUUGAUAGACAAUAACAUUUUCUUUCCUUUCCUUAUCCGCUUUUUAUGUAUACAAUGAGUUUUUCUCACCCUUCCUUCGGUAAUAUAAAUGCAAUAAAAUUCAAAAUUCUCGCAAUAAAUCUGUCAUUUCCACUCAAAUGAUCGUCUAUUUUCCACAAACACACACAAAAAAGGAGCAAACUGGUAUAUCUGUAUAGCACCUGUAUUUCGGAGCCUCCAACAUUUGCAGGAUUUAUCUCCAGUUGAGCUUGCAGAUGGUUGGACAAUGGCGCGUUCUCGACGCACAGUUUUCUUGCAACUUCAUUUGGAAUGGGAGGAGAGAGGAAUAUUAAACUUCACAUUUUUAUAACAUCAACGUCAUCCAAAUUCUUAACUCCACCUGUAAAACCAAUUUUUUUUUUUUUUUUUUAAUGAGGAUGCACCUGUAAAAUCAACGUUGUAAGCCUUCUUAUUUUUAUCUAAUAACCUAUCAUAUCAUGUUAGCCUCUCUGUAUCAUAUCAAAUCUCUUUAUUCCCUCUAAUAAAAAUAAAUAAUCUAUUCAUAUUAAAUCCAUCCUUGAACGGAAAAUCAAAAAACCAAAGUAAUUCUUUACCAUUUUGAUUCAAUAAAAAUUAACCCCAAAAGAACUCAGUACAAAAAUACAUUCUCAAAACAUUUAUGGGUUCAAAUUAAUUAACUUUAUUGUUUACUCUAUCAUGGGCAGACUGGAAAUUAGAUCAGACGACAUCAAAUCAAAUUCAAUUAAAAAUGGUGACUAAAAAUUGUCGCGAUGCAAUUAUCUCCUCUGCUAAUCGCCGUCGUUAUUGUUAAUUGAUCUUUCCUUUGGAUUUUAUGACUCCAAUCGUAUUUUAUUCUUUGGAAAUGGAGUAAACUUCUACGUUGUACUAUUUAAAUAUUUCCUGUUUGAUGACCUCAGAACGUUAAUCUCCUCUACAUGUAGGAAUCCUAUGGUAAUGAGGCUAUUCUUUUCUUAAAUCUCAAAAGGAGGUUACCCUAUUUCUAUUAUUGAAGCUUAAGCAUGGCUUCCUGUCUACCUUCAUCAUAUGCUUCUCUAAUCAAGCCAUCUCUCAAGCAGGCUUUUCGUCUCGACCUCAAAGUUCAAGCUCGAAGCAAGAGAUAUGGAGUAAAAGCAAGUAACAUGGUGGAUGCAGAUAUGAGAGUUCUCAGACUGAGGAUAAAGGAGAUCAGAAGAAAGGAAAGGAUUGAGAGAUGUUGCAGAUGCAAACAUGGAUGGAAUUAUGAACCAUCUGGGUUCAAUUCGAAAAUUGUAAAAAAGGAGAAGGACUUGUUAGGAUAUUUUGAGCUUGCAGGUCUUAUAGGUGUCACUUUUGGCAUUACCUGCCUCACUGGGGCAAUUUUCCUUUCUUUGGUUUCUCUUGUAGUUCAUUUGAAUUUAUAUCAGUAACUGAAACUCGUAGUUAAAAAAUCAUUCUUUUUUAGGCAGAAU